GAACCAGCCAGGAACUCAGAUCCAGAGAGCAGUUUACAACCAAAGACUGAGGACGACACUGGAGACUCUUAUGAACCUGACACUGGAGACUCUUCUGAACCUCACGCUGAACACAGUGCUGAUUGGAAGGAGACCAGAGAACCUGCGUCAGGCUCCAACUCACUGAAAAAUAGACAAGAGUCUGUCAGUGAUUCAAGCCGUAGUGCUGUAAAGAAACAAUUUGGCUGCUCUGUGUGUACGAAAUAUUUUACAAAUACAAGAGAUGUAAAUCGACACAUGACAAUCCACACAGGAGAGAAACCCUUUAGCUGCUCAGUUUGUGAGAAAGCUUUUUCACGGAGUGGACAUUUAAAGCGACACAUGAAAGUCCACACAGGAGAGAAACCCUUUAGCUGCUCAGUUUGUACCAAAUAUUUUGCAUUGAGUGAAACUUUAAAAAAACACAUGAUAAUCCACACAGGAGGGAAACCAAUCAGAAGCUCAGUCUGUAAGCAAUCUUUUUUACUGAGUGGAAAUUUAAAGGAACACACGAAAAUCCACACAGGAGAGAAAGCCUUUAGCUGCUCAUUUUGUACCAAAUCUUUUGCAUUUAAUGGCAGUUUUAAAAAACACAUGAGAGUCCACACAGGAGAGAAACCAUACAGAUGCUCAGUAUGUAAGAGAACUUGUUCACAGAGUUCAAAUUUAAAGAAACACAUGAGAAUCCACACAGGAGAGAAACCAUACAGAUGCUCAGUGUGUAAGAAAGCUUUUUCACAGAGUGGAAGUUUAAAGGCACACAUGAGAAUCCACACAGGAGAGAAACCAUACAGAUGCAAUGUUUGUGACAAAAUAUUUAAAUGGCGUAGUAAUUUCAAAAGUCACGAGUGUGUUGGUCAACAGUCCUCACAGCUUAAUGAUAUUCAAACUGAGGAUAAUGGAGAGGCAGAGCCUCCAAUCAGCAGUUCAGCUGAACACAUGGAAACAGAAGCUAAUGGAGAGGACAAUGAAUAAGUCAUAUGACUGUUCAUACAUGAGAAAAAUCUGUCUGACUGGAUUAACAUUGUUGCACAACAUUCAUAUAAGACUUAAAUGAACUCCAUCUUUAUCAACAUAGGUGGACAACAUGUUUAAUGUUUUUGCCAUACUAAUUUUCUGAUUUAUACCUUAACCUCUUAAGCCCUGAGCCUGUUUUUCAGGUUUCAGGCUCGAAAAUGCCACUAACACAACAAAGACUAUAUCUUCACUUCUAAAAGGGGUAAAUUAAAAAUCCUUUCUCUCACAGCAAGGUUACAUCUGGGAGUUGGAUGUAGAAGUGUCAGAAUCAAUAUAGAUGUUUUUAUUUUAAAGUAAAUUCAGAUGGAA